CCGGGAGAUGCCGCGCAGGCACUCGCACGGUCACGUUUCUAUGUGUUAGAGCACGAGCAUAAACACGCGGGAAGGCAGAGACCGUCCGCGCGUCCCCAGAUACCAAACCGACGUCAACUCGAGACAACCGCGAACUGGCGCGCCCUGCUCCUCAGGUCCUUCCGCAGCUGGACCCAGAACAACACCAUCAGCCGUCCGCAAAGCUCACAAUAGCAAACUAAAACACAUACAAUUUUGCCGCUGGGGUUCUUCGGCACAGCAUCGAUAAACACAACGCCGCCGGUGAGGUGCUUGUACGCGAUCUUCUCGCGCGCGACGUGCUGCUGCAGCGCAGCCUUGAGCGCCUCGCCGUACCGCGGGUCCGCGCACGUGCGCGUCGUGUGCUCCGCGCGCAGCACGACGAACGCGAGCGGGAUCUCGCCGCAGUAGUCGUCCGGGAUCCCGACCACGCACGCGUCGACCACGGCGGAGUGAAGCCUACGAUGUAUCAGAUUGGCUCUCCGAUUCUGGAUCGGGUGGGUCAGACGCACAGGAGAUGUCCUUCUAGCUCGGCAGGGGCCACUUGGAAUCCUUUCACUUUGAGGAUUUCCUGUCGCAGGUCAGGGUGGAAUUCGUAAAAAAAAAUCAGUAAUCAUCAACCUUCAACCGAUCAACGAUGAAAAUCUCGGAGUCGCGAAUGACGACCUCGUCUCCCGUUCGGACCUGCGCAAGCACUCAGCACAACCCUCAAACGACGGACACACCACUCACCCAGCCGUCAACAAAUGUUUCCCUCGUCGCCUUCUCGUCGUUCAGAUAUCCCAGCGCCAUCGACGGCCCCGUGACCACCAGCUCGCCCUCCUCGCCCUCCCCGCAGAGCGCCCCAUCCGGGCGCACCACGCGGGCCGCGACACCGGGGAUGAUCUGCCCCGCGCUCCCGACAGCGCCCAUCUUCUGCGCGCCGCCCAGGAAGGUGAUCGUCGCGCAUGUCUCCGUCAUGCCUGGUUGCAACUCGUGAAUAGGAUGUUAUGCGCCGCGGGAAAUCCGGGUGGACGAACCGUAGCCCUGCCCGAUCGUGG